UCACAGCGCCCCACCUUCUGCUGACCCCGACCCACUCGCUCCCCCCACCGCUCUCGUUCCUCCCAGAGACGAAACCCUAGUCGCCUAGCGGCUCCACCGGCCGGCCCUCCUCCCCCGGACCCUCCCAUCGCCUGGCGCAUCCCCUCCGCCUCCGCUCCCGCCCGGCGCGUCCCAUCCGGGUCCCCGUCGGCGCGCCGGAUCCAGAUCCCGUCGGCCUCCCCUGCAGCCCGGCUCCCCUCCGCCCCGACGCCGCCUCCUCUUCUCCCCGGCCGAGCAGCCCCUUCGAGCCGACUCCGCGCACCUUCUUCUCUGCGACCGUGCAGCCUGUUCUAGUUGACGCCACGCCUCUUCUUCUCCCCGGCCGAGCAGCUGAAGGUGGAUGUCAAUUGAUUGCUUAGUUGAAGACAACUUCUUUGAUCCUGAGGGGACGAAGUAAUGACCCUCCCAGGCUCCAAGGAGUUGCAAAAUUAUGAUAACAAUAACCAGAAAGUUCAUCCUCAACCAAUUGAUGAAAAUAUGAAUCAGAACGCGGACUCAGUGGACACUACGAUCGGAAGGAUAUUCAACAACAUUUCCUCUUUAAAGUCUGCUUACAUUCAGCUGCAGGAAGCCCAUACUCCGUAUGACCCAGACAAGAUCCAAGCUGCUGAUAAGAAUGUCAUAGAGGAGCUCACGAAGCUUUCAGAACUCAAGCAUGCUUACAGAGAAAAAAAUCCUAAGCCUGUAGCAGCAUCACCUCAAGAUUUACGCUUGCUUUCUGAAAUACAAGAGCAGCAGCAUUUGUUGAAGACAUAUGAGGUCAUGGUAAAGAAGUUCCAGUCCCAGAUCCAGACUAGAGAUACUGAGAUGACCCAUUUACAGCAGCAAAUCGAUGAGGCUAAACUCCGAAGAUCAAAGCUAGAGAAGAAAUUGAAACAAAGGGGCCUGCUUAACAAGGAAUCUGAAGAUUCUGAUGAAGAAGAGAACUACUUUUCCAUUGAGUUGACACCAAGUUUAUUUACAUCUGCUGUUGAUAAUGCUUACCAGUCGAUACAUGACUUUUCAAAGCCCUUGAUCAACAUGAUGAAAGCUGCAGGGUGGGAUCUUGAUGCUGCUGCUAAUACAAUCGAACCUGCUGUAGUUUACACGAAGAGGGCUCACAAAAAGUACGCAUUCGAGUCCUACAUUUGCCAAAGAAUGUUCAGUGGGUUCCAAGAAGAGAGUUUUUCUCUCAAGGAUUCUAACAUCACUGUUUCCAACGAGGUUUUCUUCCACCAAUUCCUGUCAGUACGAACCAUGGAUCCUUUGGAUGUCCUGAGCCAAAACCCUGAUUCAAUUUUUGGGAAGUUCUGCAGAAGCAAAUACCUACUACUUGUGCACCAAAAAAUGGAAGGUUCGUUCUUCGGUAACAUGGAUCAGAGAAACUAUGUCAUGAGCGGCGGUCAUCCAAGGACACCUUUCUAUCAGGCGUUUCUAAAGUUAGCGAAGUCCAUAUGGUUGUUGCACAGGCUGGCGUACUCGUUCGAUCCAAAAGUCAAGGUCUUUCAAGUGAAAAAGGAAAGUGGAUUUUCAGAUAUUUACAUGGAAAGUGUUAUCAAGAACAUCAUUUUAGAUGAAGGUGCGGAGAGGCCUAAAGUUGGCCUGAUGGUGAUGCCUGGCUUCUUGAUUGGGACUAGUGUCAUCCAGUCUCGGGUGUAUCUGUCAGAUGUAAAGUGUGCCGAAUAAAGAUGCUUCAGUUACAUGAGGAGAUUUGAGGGUGUUCUGCUAGAUGAGCUAAUAGCAUCAGAUAAGGACAUAAGGUGGAGGAUUAUGUGUCUGUCUUGUAUGUGCUGCUGCCUGUUGUCUCUGAAAAUUGCAUGCUAUUCCUGUGAAACGUGGGUACCGAUGCCUUUGUGAAAAAGCAUUAAUGGGCUUUUGUCAUUCUGAGUACUGUACUAUAUUUGUAUUUCUCAAGUUAGAUUUUCCUGUGGUGUGUAAUUCUGUCCAAUGUUUGGUCUAUACAUGUUAUCAGUGUAAUUUAAUCUACGUGAUGAAUGUACAUCCCCUUUCAUCUGA